UCUGUGUUGUACAUUUCCGAAAAGCAGCGGAGGUCCCGGAUGUGGAGAGACGUACAGGAGGAGGCUGGGUAACUUCGCUUGUGUUUCCGACGUGCAGCAGGGCUGCCUGACAGGCACCGUGACUGAUUCGGAGACGACGGGGCUCACGGGCACCUGAAAGACUGCUCCUGCUGGCCUCGGACACGCAACGCCUGGGGCCGUCAUCGGAAGGUGCGAGAGCAGCAACAUUUGUGCAGAUUACUGCAGUGCAGUGGCUAAGAGUUUGGGACUGAGGAAAGAGCAGACAUGAGGAGGGUUUUCUCUCUGGUGCUUCUGCUGCUGUUUUCUCUGACAGAAACAGCUGCACAAAACUUGAAGAUCAAGGCAGACCAAGUGGCUGGAGACAGAAUUCAACUGACCUGUGAGAAUGGAGAAUGGGUGGAACGUCAGGAUGAUUCAGAGUCUAAACAUCAACUGUUGCUGGCUUACAAGGAUGAAAAUUCAAAAGAAUACAUAUGCAAAGACAAAGACGAAAAGAAUGUAAAAAUUUUAGUAAAAUUUCGAAGUCCUUGUGUGUUUUCUGCCAAGCAUGUGACAACUGUGUUGCCCUGGAGAGCAGCACAGUGGCAGGGAUCGUGUCUGCGGACAUCGUGGCCACAGUCCUCAUCGGAGUGGCUGUCUACUUCAUCGCAUCGCAGCCCAGAGGCAGGAGCUACAGCAACAGCAAAGCAUCGGACCGACAGACUCUCCUUUCUAACCAGCCGAACGACACCUACAUGCCUUUGACUCAGGGUCAUUCUUCGGAAUAUAGCAAGCUGGAGAGAAGGGCCAACAGGAAAUAGAAAGUUCCCUUUGUCUUAUUUCCCCAGUUGCUCAAUGGACCACUCACUGUGGUCAUUCCUUCAGGGCUUUAAGAGUCAGACUGCAAACAUGUGUCAAAACUUCACACCUCCCAGCAGCACGGCAUGUCCAUCUGGAUGGGAUCUACUCUGUUCAUCAAUUAAAAUCUUUUCUUGUCAUUUUAUUCUGUUUAUAUUGUAUAUGACACCUUUUGAAAAGGUGAAGGUAGAAUUUUAUGUAUCAUACGUUUAACAAUAAUUUAAUUUUUAUUUUUUAAACCCUGUGCUGCCCUAGAGACAACUUUUAAGGUAAAGAUGGUUUUAGUCAUAUAUCCCUUUGUCUAACUGAGAAUAAUUCUGAAUUUGUGUGGAUCUGAGUACUCAGUUUUCACACUGAGGACAAAAGAUUUCUCUUUUGUUUCUAUGCAGUGAACCUCUUGAUAAGUAUGUAUUUGCUUUUUCCUCUUUGUGCUUUUGGCUAUACAUUUUGUCAUUAAACAGUAUCCUAAGAAUAAACGUGAUACCAGUGGAAUUUAUAUGCUUUUUAGAAACAACGUGCUUAAUAUGUGAAGAUCUGACAACAAAUUGAAAUUGUAUCCCUUAAACUUUGUUCCACGCUUUGAGGAAAAUCAACCACCAU